GGCUGACAGACAUUGCCUCAUUGAUUGUUGGGUUGGGUAUUCAGAGUAGCUUCCACAAUGGGUAUUAAACAGCUGUUCUCGGUCAUUUCUGAGAACGCCCCAGAUGCCGUCAAGGCAGGGGAUAUCAAGAACCACUUCGGACGAAAGGUCGCCAUUGAUGCUUCCAUGAGCAUUUACAGCUUCCUCAUUGCCGUUCGUUCCGAAGGUCAACAGCUCAUGAGCGACACCGGAGAGACAACGUCGCAUCUGAUGGGUAUGUUCUACCGUACUCUGCGCAUGGUCGACAAUGGUAUCAAGCCUCUGUAUGUGUUUGAUGGGGCUCCGCCGAAGCUCAAGUCCGGCGAGCUCGCCAAGCGUUUUGCUCGGAAGAGCGAGGCAACCGAGGCUCACGAGGAGGCUAAGGAGACUGGUACGGCGGAGGACGUCGAGAAGUUCUCGCGCCGGACAGUACGGGUCACCAGGGAGCAUAAUGCGGAAUGUAAGAAGCUUUUAAAGCUGAUGGGCAUUCCAUACAUCGAUGCGCCCACAGAAGCAGAGGCACAGUGUGCAGUGCUCGCGCGGGCUGGAAAGGUUUACGCGGCUGCUUCGGAGGAUAUGGACACCCUGUGCUUUGAGGCGCCCAUUCUUCUGCGGCACCUUACGUUCAGCGAGCAGAGAAAGGAGCCCAUCCAGGAAAUUCAUCUUAACCGUGCGCUGGAAGGGCUUGGCAUGGACCGCCAGCAGUUUAUCGAUCUCUGCAUUCUGCUGGGCUGCGACUAUCUGGAACCGAUCCCGAAGGUCGGACCAAACACGGCGCUGAAGCUAAUCCGCGACCACGGAACUCUGGAGAAGGUGGUGGAAUUCAUGGAGAAUGACCCGAAGAAGAAGUUUGUUAUCCCCGAGGACUGGCCCUAUCAAGAUGCCAGGGAGCUCUUCCUCAACCCGGACGUGAGAGAUGCCAACGACCCCGAGUGCGACUUCAAAUGGGAAGCGCCCGACGUGCCGGGUCUGGUAGAUUUCCUGGUGAAGGACAAGGGCUUCAACGAGGACCGCGUCAGGAAUGGAGCCGCUCGAUUGCAAAAGAAUCUGAAGUCCGCUCAACAAUCCCGCCUGGAGGGCUUCUUCAAGCCAGUGGCCAAGACGGAUGCCGAGAAGGCGAAUCUGAAGCGCAAGCACGACGAGAAGAUCCAGGAGCAGAAGAAGCGGAAGAAGGAGGAGCAAAAGGCCAAGAAAGAGGCCAAGUCGCGGCCUCGCGGUGCCGGUUAAGCACCUGCAGUCAAUACUGGUCUACUUCGUAAUAAUACCUCGGCCCUGUUGGUCUUCGGUCAAUGAUCGGAAGAGACAGGGCGACAUGAAGAAAAAGCAUUCAGUUGGAUAUUAUGACCGAUCGACCCGGGCACCGAAAGUCGGUGUAUAGGGAUCCUGGCAGUUCUCAUCAUGGUUGGCGGCGUUUCUGGUUUGGCUUGUAUGCAGUACGGCGAGGCGUUUCAGCGGCGGGAUGCACGCGUCCAGCAUGCCACGUACUUACGACGUGGAGGUUUCUUUGGGUUGUCCUGGGGUCAAAAUGCAACAUGUAGAUAAGGCAGAUGAUGAUACACUUGCGGAACUGUGUUGCCUGGCGCUUUUUCUCGGACGGGGGUUCAACCCGACUGGCGGUAGCAAUCAAAGUUUGUAGAUCGGAAACGGACUCGGUGAGACGAGUGGCAGCGAGCCG